AUGUAUUUACUUGUGGCUAAAUCGCGCGAUAUAUAUGAAAAAUCAUUUUGGCAAGAUGGACGACGGGCGUGGGGUCUACCCCGGAAAAUCUUUCCCCCUAAGAGAUCUGACCCCUGAAGCCAUGGCGUACGUAAAGGACAGCGAAUUGUACAAUAUUUUCCAAGGAAAUGUUACUAAAAGAGAUAGUGGUUUGGGUUGGAAUUAUGCUGGCGUUGAUUGGAAAGAUGCCUGGGAAGUUGGUAAACCUCUCGUGAACAUGGGGGUUAAGAAAGGGCUGCAAGCUGUAGGAGUGCCGGAAAACGUUGCCAAAUUUGGUGCCAAUGCAACCACUAAUUUAGCAGGAGACAAAUUAAAAGACAAGAAAAUAGAUGUUCUGGAGGUAGCAACGAGGGCAGUUUAUGCCACACACGGAGGUUUGAUCGGAGCCGUUGUGUGUGCACCUUUGGGUGUCCCAGGAAUAGUGAUUUGUGGAGCUGGUGGGUCCUACGUUGGAAAUAAGAUGUAUGAUAAGAUGCUUGAAGAUUUUAAGAAGCAUGAAGAAAUGUUGAAAAAAAUUCCAACUGAAAAUUCCAACGGGAACGAUGGAGCAGAGACCGGAAAUUGAAUAGGUUUGGAGUUAUCGCAAUAAAAUGCAGUAAAAUUAAGGUUUCGUUUCAUUAAUGCCUUUAAUUAAAAUCCUUUACUUCA